AUGGUCCUCUUGUCCCGCUGCACAAUGCGGGAUCGUGACAACGAGUGCAAGCCUGGCGAAGGCAUCGAGGAAGGCAGCCGUGUGGUGGUCUUGAACGGGCGGCACUUCCCGUCCUUCGGAGCAGGGGAUCAGGGCCGAGUGCUGCAGGUUGACAAAGAGGCCCUCAAUUGUGAUGUGCUCUUUGAUGGCAGCUCCCGUCCCAUCCCCGUCGCCCUUCGGCAUUUGAGGCUGCUGAAAGCUGGUGGUGGUGGAUUCGGCGGAUCCCGCGCGCAGCUUCCUGUAAGCCGCGUGCUGGAUUUCAAGGACGGUGACGGCGGUGAUGGGAUGAAGACUGACAGUCGUGGAAGAGCCGAAGUUCGGGGAUCGUCCACAAGCCCAAGGCGUUCCGUGAGCAUCUCUGUUGCGGAGCCUGUCUCGGCGGAUGCCAGGCGAGAGGCUCGGCAACCCUCCUUCCUGCACUCCAUGGACCAACGGCUUCAAGCAUGUGAGGCAGCUCUGGAUGGCUCCAAGCAGAUGAACUACAGAAUCGUCAAGCCAGGAGAAGAUGAUGUAGUGCGAGGCAGUGACUUGAACUUCUUGGAGGAUCGUAUCCAGCGGCUUGAGCAGCGCAUCCAAGAUGAAGUCGAUGUCUUGACGAAACGACUGCAGCAGGCAACAGCCUUUGGUCAAUCUUGGGAGUCCCGCGCGAAUUCGUUGGAGAGGCACAUCAAGAGCCUGGGGCACGUGCCACCAAGCCCAGCACCGUCGUCUUGCUCAGGCCUCUCUGCACGUGGAUCGGCUCCGCUCUACUUGUCUGCUGCCAUCCCACAGCAGAGGCUGUCGGCCACGCCUCCAGCCAAAAGCGCCAUGAAUGCAGUGCCUUCAAUCCCUGCAAUGCCUCCAACUCCAUCCACUGGCCCAUGUGUCACUCAAGCAGAUGUGCCAGAUGCUUGCUCUGCAUGCGGGGCUCCAGUCAUGCCAGAUUCCAGAUACUGCAUCAAAUGUGGCGCAGGUUCCGGACCAUCAGUGGCAAGAGAGCCACAGGAACUCGGGAGCACAAGGCGGUCACUGUCGGCAUCCGCAGGGCAGACACCGGGACCUUAUGUCCGCGGAGCAGCAUACUUGGCACGUGCGCCGGACACCACACCCCCAAGGGCUCCUCGUCAUGUGGUGCCCGCUGGGGUACUCCACCAGCCAAUUCCACCAGUGGGCUUGGUGGCACCUUUCGAGCGUGAUGCUUAUGGUUGCUCUCCUCUAAAUGGUUACGUUUCCGGGCCAUCCGGGCCCUGCUUCACUCCUCCACCUGCAGGACCUGCAGGGCAGAUCCUCACUCCAAGGCUGGUGCUUCCUCAAAGACCUUUCGGCUGA